AUGAGCACCGAAAGUCUGGUCUGCGACAUCGAGAAGGGGGGCGUUAUCGUGGUGCGGGAGUCGCGGCCCGCCGACGGCCGCUGGAAAUGCCUCAGCAUCUGCUCCUUCCUGCUGCUGGUGGGAGCCACGGCCGUCUUCGCUCUGCUGCAUUUCAGAAACGGGGGGCCCUUGAUCAGCCAGGAUCCCAAAGAACCCAGGAGUUCGGGCCACACACAACUUACAGAUCCUAUGACGAUGAAGUUGCAGGCCCAGUCGCUGAAAAAGCCAGCUGCCCACGUCGUAGCAUCCAGUGACUCCAAAGAGCUGAUCUGGACUGACAAAGUUGCACACACCAUGAUGCAGAACGGGAUGGCGCUGGUAAACAACAAGUUGGUGGUCCCGUCCGACGGCCUCUACUUCAUCUACUCCCAGGUGGUCUUCAAGGGACACAAAUGUCCGGAGGAGUCCAUUCCUCUCCGGCAUACCAUCUUGCGCUACUCCGUUGAGUACCCAGAAAACGUUCCCUUGCUGAUGGCCAUCAAGUCGUUCUGCGAGGGGUCCAAGGCAGCCAAGAAUGAGGAGGGGGUGUGGUUCGAGUCCAUCUACCAAGGAGCUGUCUUCCAGUUGAUGAAAGGCGAUGAAAUCUCCUCUGAAAUCGACUCGGCCCAAUAUUUAGAUCUGGACAGCAAUGGGCAGGUGUAUUUUGGGGUGAUUGCAUUGGAAUUAGGAGCUCCCCAAUAA